AGAAAUUGUUGUCAUUCCAGCAGAAGAGAAGCAGUAGUAGAGUAUUUAGUCCUUCCUCUUUGCUCUUGCUGGGCGUGUUGAGUCGCGGUCGCCGUCGUUCCUCCUAUUGGGGUUUUCUCCGCCGACCAUCGAGUUCGAGGCGUUUUGCCUCCGUUCCAUGAAGAAGAAAUCUAGGGCUGAGCUGGUCUUGCUUCAACUUUGUCUAAUAAAGCUAAAACCCCUUCGAGAUUUUACAAGUUUACUUUAGCUUGCUCAAGUGGGAAAAAUGAGUGCUGUUAACAUAACCAACGUCACCGUCUUGGACAAUCCGGCACCGUUUCUCACCCCUUUUCAGUUCGAAAUCUCCUACGAGUGCGUCACUCCUCUCAAAGACGGAUUCUUUUACUUACCAAAUGCUUGUAAACCUAGUUGGAAAGAAGAAUUAUCAUUGUUAACUGAAGACGGUAAUCUAGAUUUAGAAUGGAAACUCAUCUAUGUUGGAUCUGCUGAGGAUGAAACUUAUGACCAGCUUUUAGAAAGCGUUCUUGUUGGGCCAGUCAAUGUUGGUAAUUACCGUUUUGUCUUGCAGGCAGACCCUCCAGAUCCUUCCAAAAUCCGUGAAGAAGACAUAAUUGGUGUAACAGUGCUUCUACUGACCUGUUCUUAUAUGGGUCAGGAAUUUGUUCGAGUGGGCUACUAUGUGAACAAUGACUAUGAUGAUGACCAGCUAAGAGAAGAACCUCCACAGAAAGUUUUGAUUGACAGGGUUCAGAGAAAUAUACUUACAGACAAGCCCAGAGUGACUAAGUUCCCCAUCAAUUUUCACCCAGAAAAUAGUGAAAGUGGAGAGCAAGGACCUCCUCCUGAACAUGCAGCUGAACCAGAAGGAAAUGAACAAGUGCCUGCUUCACCAGGUCAUCUUUCAGAUGGAGGACAAUAAAUCACAAUGACAUUAACUUUGCUUAAUAGCUGACUUAUUUGUGUUUGAAGAGGAUAUCUGUCUUCUAUAGGUGGACUGUCUACAGAGUCAACUGUUUCUUUUCUGCUCUCUGUGUGAAUCUGUGAGUGGCACACAUGAUUUUGAAUAGCUUUUGGUUAGUUAAGCUGAUAAUUACUGCAGCUCGUGUGCUCUUCUAGUUUUGUUGUGGAACUUAGAAGACUUUGGAGGAAAAGUUUUUGGCUGUAGGCUCCUGCUUUAACAUUUGCAAUCUGAGUACUAGUUAGAAAAAAGCCUUUUUGCACAGCUGUAUUGACAAGAGUAAGUUUAACGAUUUGUUUGAAUAGUAUACCUUCUGAAAUGUAUGUUACAUUACAGUUAA